ACUCCGAGCUUUUCCUCGGCGAGGAGGAGGGCGCAGAGGGUCAGCUGCGCCCCGGCCAGAGCAGGAGCUGCAGGAAGACCCUGGAGAGCAGGGCUGGGAGUGGGGAGCUGGCAGUGUGGGGCCAAGAAAAAGGGCUGGGGCGGAAAGCCAGAGACAGAGGCAGAGAGGGGAGCAUCUGGGAUCGUGGGGAGGGUUCGUGGAGAGUGAGGCAGGGGAAUGGAGGGAGUAAGAGCCCGGGGAAAGUGAGGAUUUUGAAGUGAGACAGUCCGCUUGGGCUGGGCGUGGAGAGCCGAGGGUGGAGUGGGGCUGAGAGACGAGGGGGGUUAAGGCGCUGGUGGGGAAGGACUAGAGCUUCCAGGAGGGUCUGAAGGCGGAGGUGGAGGUCGGACAGCACAAGUGAGAGUGAGGGGGUCUGCAGGUAGAGCUGGCAUUGGAGGGCUGGGAACGUGGACGGCGGCUGAGCGGGGCGCGCGUGCAGGUCGGAGCCGGCAGGUGAGGAGCCAGGGUCUAAGCUAGGGCCCGGGGUCCAAAGGAAAGGCUUUCAGAUCUGAGCUCGGCGGCUCCGGCGGUGGAGCUGGGAGCCCGCGGUGGCCGGCUGGGGACGGGAGCAGGAGCAGAGGGGUCGCGCCUCGGCCACUGGAACCCGCGGCUGCUGGUCCUGGGCUCGGCGAUGCGGGUGCACCUGGGCGGGCUGGCCGGCGCGGCUGCGCUGACUGGGGCGCUCAGCUUUGUGCUCCUGGCGGCCGCCAUCGGCACGGACUUCUGGUAUAUCAUUGACACCGAGCGGCUGGAGAGGAUUGGCCCGGGGGCGCAGGACCUGCUGGGGUCCAUCAAUCGCAGCCAGCCCGAGCCUCUGAGCUCCCACUCCGGCCUCUGGCGGACCUGCCGGGUGCAGAGCCCGUGCACACCGCUGAUGAACCCCUUCAGGCUGGAGAACGUGACAGUCAGCGAAUCGAGCCGGCAACUUCUCACGAUGCAUGGGACAUUUGUGAUUCUGCUGCCGCUCAGCCUGAUCCUGAUGGUUUUUGGGGGCAUGACGGGGUUUCUGAGCUUCCUCCUCAGAGCCUACCUCCUCCUCCUGCUCACUGGAAUUCUCUUCCUCUUUGGAGCCAUGGUGACCCUCGCUGGGAUCAGCGUCUACAUAGCGUAUUCAGCCGCCGCCUUCCGGGAGGCGCUGUGUCUCCUGGAGGAGAAGGCCCUCCUGGACCAGGUGGACAUCCGCUUCGGUUGGUCCCUGGCCCUGGGCUGGAUCAGCUUCAUCGCCGAGCUGCUCACCGGGGCAGCCUUCCUGGCAGCAGCCCGCGAGCUCAGCCUGAGACAGAGGCAGGACCAGGCCAUAUGAGCCUGGGCGCUGGGUCGUGGAGGGGAGGGAGGGGCUUGGCCCCGGAGCUUCACCGACCCAUCUCCAUCGGCUGCAGCCUCUUCUGCCUCAAAGGCCACUCGGGGAGGCCAGGCACCCCCCCUCCUUCCCCCACAAAUCCCCGCGGACUAAGCUUGGAGCCUGGCUGUUAUCCUAGUACCUGUGUGCUUAUGUCCGUGUGUGUCCGUGUGGCCUGGAGGAGCCUGAGGGAGUGCCAAACCGCUUCGCGAGAAAUAAAAACGAUCCUUUAAUCACA